CGGCAUAGAAAACGAAGUCGCAGUCGGACCCGGUCGCUAGUGGAAGUAGGAUGUCAAACAAAAUGGGAAGAUAGUUAAAACGUAAACGAUUUGUGUUAUACCAACUUGUGAGAGAGAGAGAGAGAGGAGAAUAUCGUACGAUUUUUAAUAACCCGCGUGAAGGAGGAAAUAAGUGGUUUUUUACUGAAGAGAAUAAAAAUUCGAGAUGGUGGAAAAGAUAAUCGAGGAGGCCGAGUGCUGCAACAACGGCUCAGGAGAAGGUAGACGUAGUGAAGAGUGCCAAAAUGGUGGUGGUAGCGCUUCUGAUAGCGGUGACCAAAUGGAUGCGGAAGCUCGCGAACGCGAAGUUGCCCGCCGAAAGGAAGAGGCGAAACGGAAGCGACGAAAGAAACGUCGUACCGGAUCGUCGCUUGUCUCAUCGUGUUUUCAGGAUUUGUACAAGCUGACUGGGGAGAUUUUGGGUGAGGGUGCGUACGCGAGCGUGCAGACCUGUGUAAAUAUGUACACGGACGUCGAGUAUGCCGUUAAAAUUAUCGACAAGGUGCCGGGACACGCGAGGGCGCGCGUCUUCCGCGAGGUCGAAACUUUCCACCACUGCCAGGGACAUCCUAACAUCAUACAGUUGGUGGAGUUUUUUGAGGAUGAAGAAAAAUUUUAUCUUGUAUUUGAAAAGAUUAAUGGUGGCCAACUUUUACGUCGCAUUCAAGAAUAUAAAUAUUUUUCUGAAGCGGCUGCAGCAGAAAUAGUCCGAGAAGUAGCUUCCGCCUUAAGUUUUAUGCACGCAAAAGGAAUCGCCCAUCGAGAUUUAAAACCCGAAAACAUUCUUUGCGUGAAACGCGAAACUUUAUGUCCCGUAAAAAUUUGCGAUUUAGAUUUGGGCUCUGGAAUUAGAUUUCAAGCGAGCGUUUCAAGUCCUUUAGCAACACCGCAACUUUUAACACCCGUCGGCAGCGCCGAAUUCAUGGCACCGGAAGUUGUGGAGGCGUUCAUCUGCGAUCAAGAUUCUGUUGCUUAUGAUAAACGUUGCGAUUUAUGGUCGCUCGGAGUUAUAACUUACAUCUUACUUUGUGGGUAUCCACCAUUUUAUGGAAAAUGUGGUUCCGAUUGUGGUUGGGAACGUGGGGAUAAUUGUGAUUUUUGUCAACGGCUCCUCUUCCAAAGUAUUCAAGAGGGACGUUAUGAUUUUCCUGAACCUGAAUGGGGACAUAUUUCACCAGAGGCCAAGGACCUUAUUUCUAAGCUUUUACGUAAAAGUGCCAGUCAACGUCUAAGCGCCUCUGCUGUUUUACUCCAUCCAUGGUUAAGAUGUGCAAGUGAUUCUGCACCUUUACCGACACCAUCAGUAAUAAAAAAAAAUAAUUCGGCUCGAGAGUUAUCUCAGUUUGCGGAAAGUGCGAUGGCAGUAAACAGGGUAGUACAACAACAUUUCAGUAUGCAAUUGGAUUAUUUGGAACGUCCCAAUGUUUAUCCAUCGGAAAUGGAUGAUAAAGGGGCGAAGACUCCGCCACACGGACUUAGCCCGCCGAGCGAAAGUCUUUUGCUACAGAGACGGCUCAAAGCGCGCCAAGUCUUAGUGCCGCCGCCUCAAUCGCCUGCCAUUCCCAGUCCAAGUGGAUGAACAUCCAAAGGGGCAUCUAAUAAUCGGUGCUGCUACCUACUACCUAUUAUUAAAAAAAAUAAAAUACGCGCGAUAAAUUUUUUGAGAAAAAAAUUCGUUGCUUUUCGAUGACUGUUUAUUAUUGUUUUAUUAUUUUUUUGUUUCUCUAUUAAUUUUUUUUUCUGAUGUUGGCCCAUAUAAUGACGAGGGUCCAAUUACACAAAGGAAAAAAUUGCAACAAAGUAUGCGGCUAAAAUUAUUUUCUUUAUUCGAGUAUUUUUAAAGUGUUAAUGAUUUCUAACCUUACAAAAAAAAUGCAUUUAACAUAAAGUUAGGAAUCAUUUUAACACAAAAAACAUCGAAAAAUGAGGUUUUCUGUGUAUUAUUAAAUAUUUACAACUUAUUUUGUUUGUUAAUAUUAAAGUUGAUUUCUUUUUUUUCCGUGUAGAUAUCGAAAAUCGAUUUUUUUUUACGUUUAAGAAAAAAUAUGAUUAGAAAACAAUGUCGUAUCUAAAAACUUGGGCCCUCAAAAAUGAGCUAAUAAAAAGGUGGUUCGUUUUUUUUGUAAACAAACAUUGUGAUAAACUCUUACUACUCUAUGAGCUAGGAUAGAGCGUACCUGCCGGUUUAAGUCCAUUUGUGAUGACGACGGAUAUUUUUUAUAUGAUUUUGAUAUGCUCAAUGCAAUUGAUGAUAAUGAUGAUGAGGUUGCGAAUGCGUGAGAUUGUUAAAAAAAUAAUAAAAAAUAAAAUAGCAUUUACCAAGCAGUACAAACACUCUGUUUUUAUUAAUAAAUCGAUUAUAAUAAUUUAAAUAAAAUAAUAAUGAUUAUAUUAUUAAAGAGUUUGAAGGCGAAAGUUAAAGAGAAAAAAUAAAAUAUAAACAAAGCGGAAAUGAAUGACUGGGAGAGAGAGAAAGAGAAAAAGCUAAUAAAUCGCGGAUCGACGAAGAUCCAUCAACCUACCAUUAAAACUACUUCUAGCUGAAAAAUCUGAAGAUUUAAUAAAGAGAUGGAUGAAGGUGGAGGAGAAGAUGAUUCCGCGCUUUGCACUGUGCCAUUUCGUAUCCCCGCUGAAUAUUUUGUUUUAAAUCUGAAGUUUGAUCGCGGAAUCAAGGAUUAAAAAAUAAGUUAACACUUUAUAACAAUGUUAAAAAAAAACACCAACACUUUAUUUGUUAUAAAGUGUUUAAAAUCCGAAUAAUUUUCCUCUUCCUUCCACAUCGAUUGUAUACUUCGAAUCGACCACCCCUCACAUACACCUCAUAUAUCUAUUAUGCAUUACUUCAAUCUUUCGUUCAAAAAAAGAAAGAAAGAAAAACUAACCAUUUCUCUUAAAUUUUUUUUUUCUUUUUUUUUUGUAAUAUACGGAUGCAACAUUUGCGUUCUUGAGUAUUUAGUGAUUAUGUACCAAGUGUGCUUAUUUCUUAUGAAUAAAGACCGAUUUUUGUACUCA